ACUUUUCCCACCCACUCAGAACACAUAUAUAAAGACCAGCACGGCUGAGCUCUUUUGGUCAGUCCCGUAGAGAAAUGCUAAAGUUAACUAUUGGUGUUCUAUUACUUGCAACACUCGCACUAGCUCGAGUGGGCUUUGGUCCGGGAGAACAGGACUGGGGCUUUGUCGAUGUCCGUCCAGGAGCUCAUAUGUUCUAUUGGCUCUACUACACAACAGCCAAUGUUGCAGAUUAUACCGAUCGUCCCCUAGUAAUCUGGCUUCAGGGUGGACCAGGAGCUUCUUCAACAGGAUAUGGCAAUUUUGAAGAACUCGGUCCUCUAACCCUUGAAGGCGAAGAGAGGGACUUUACAUGGGUCAAGACCUACAAUGUCUUAUUCAUUGAUAAUCCCGUAGGAUCGGGAUUCAGUUACGUUGAUGAUCAAAGUCUUUUGACUAAAACCAACGAAGAAAUUGCCAAUGACCUUGUUACCCUCAUGAAAGAAUUCUACAGAAGACAUCCUGAAUUCCAACUUGUGGAUCUUCAUAUCUUCUCCGAAAGCUAUGGCGGGAAGAUGGCUGCUGAAUUUGCUUAUGUUCUAGACAAAGAGAUCAAGCUCGGAAAUAUUGUAUGCCAAUUGAAAUCUGCAGGAUUAGGAGAUGCCUGGAUCUCUCCAAUUGAUUCUAUGAUCUCAUGGGCACCAUAUUUGUGGGAUAUCGGAGCAGUUGAUCGGGAUGGUGAAAGACGAGUGGCUGAUGCAACUGAACUUACAAAGAUUGCAUUGGAUGAGGGAAGAUUCGUCGAAUCGACAAAUCUUUGGGGAUAUACUGAACAAGUUAUUACAGAAGUGACCUAUGGCAUUGAUUUCUACAAUGUUUUAUUCAAGAAGAACUACCAAGAUACAGCUACGAAGCUUAGAGACCUAAGGCUAGACAGACCAAGAGCAAUGUACAGGACUUUGGUAAAGUUCGAUGCUAGAGAUGCCAGAGAUGAUAUGCUAGAUGAACUAAUGAAUGGUCCAGUAAAGCAAGCUCUCCAGCUACCAACGGAAGUUACUUGGGGAACACAGAGUUGGCCUACGUUCAACGUCCUCCGAGAGGACUUUAUGAAGCCUGUGACCGAUGUCGUUGAACUCUUGCUGAACAACACUCAAGUCGAAGUAGCAGUGUUCAGUGGACAGUUGGAUUUAAUUGUGGCCACUCCGGGAACAGUGAUGUGGGUGGAUAGGCUUAAGUUUCCGCAGAAGGCUCAGUAUGUAGCCUCCAGGAGGGAAGGUUUGGGCGUAGAUGGUAUUCUUGAGGGAUACUACAAGACAGCUGGACGGUUCUCUAUGUAUUGGGUCAAUAGGGCGGGUCAUAUGGUACCAGCUGACAAUCCCGCUGCGAUGGACUUUAUCCUCCAGCGAACUACCGGUGUCCCAACCCCAAGUACCUCUUAACCCACUCUCACAGCAUCAUGUCUUGACAAUUUGCAGCAAAUAAAAGACGAUGAGACAUUG